CGCGGUGCGUGACAUCGUCUGCUGUUCCUUUCUAGACGCAAGCUUGCUUCGGUCGCGUACUGACUGUGUGCUGUCAAUAUUUUCACGUGCAGUUUCUUCUCCUCGAGGCUUUGAAUGACGUUAGAAAGCCUGUGUUUGAAUAUCUGUGUGUGUUUCUGCAACAUUUAAACUAAUCAUAAGCUAUUCUAGCUAACGAAAUAGAGCUAGCUGGAAGGAAAAUAGCGCUGAAAAUUCAGUGAAAAUGUUGAAAUCCAAACCUAAAGACAGCACCGCUAUUCAGUUUACUGUCAAUGGCCAGAAGCACAUCGUGAACGAUGAUUUUCCCGCCACCUAUUCGCUAAAUGAUUACAUCCGAGAUGUAGCAGGUCUUAAAGGCACCAAGGUGAUGUGCAGAGAAGCAGGAUGUGGAUGCUGCGCUGUUACUGUGACCCACGCUCCUGGAGGGGGCAAACUGGAAACAAUGAGUAUCAACUCUUGCCUGUGUCCACUAUACAGCGUCGAUGGAUGGCAAAUCACCACUGUAGAAGGUAUUGGGAAUCAGAAAGAUGGAUUCCAUCCGAUCCAAGAGAGGAUAGCCAAAUUUAAUGGAACACAGUGUGGAUAUUGUACACCAGGGUUCGUUAUGUCUAUGUAUGGACUGCUACACCAGAACCCAAGGCCCACGCAACAGGAAGUUGAAGAUUCAUUUGAUGGUCAUAUAUGUCGGUGCACUGGCUACAGGUCUAUCUUGGAUGCAAUGAAAUCUUUUGCCACUGACUCGACAACACCAGGCUCCCAGUGUCUUGACAUAGAGGAUUUAAGUAAACACUUGUGUCCUAAAACUGGUGAAGUUUGCCAAGGAAAACAAUCUGGGGAAAGUUGCUCUUCACGUGAAUUGAAUCCGUUUGAAAUCCAUCUCCAAGAAAGUCUGUGGCAAAGACCUAGCAGCUUGGAACAACUUGGACAGAUAUUUCUUACUAACAAGACUAAGAAACUGCGUUUGCUCUUUGGAAAUACAUCUACUGGUAUUUUCAAAGAUGAAGGUCCAUUUAACAUAUACAUUGAUCUCCAUGCAAUUAAAGAUUUUUAUCAAUACCAGGAAACUCCUUCUAGUGUUAUCUUUGGGGCCAACACCACUUUGACCAAGCUGAAGGAAUACAUGAAAGAGCUUCAGACCAAACCUGGCUAUGGAUUUUGUGCUAGAGUUGUCCGUCAUCUCAAAGUAUUGGCCAGUGUGUUGGUCAGGAAUGCUGGUUGCAUUGCUGGAAAUUUGAUGAUCAAGAAAAACCACCCAGAGUUUCCAUCUGAUUUGUUUACCAUCCUAGAAUCUCUGGGAGCAGCCAUUGGAAUUUUUGAUUCAGAAACCAAUUCUACAAACAAAUACAGUCUACUAGAGUUUUUACAUCAAGUUAAUAUGGAAAACAAAGCUGUGGCUUUUAUAGAACUUCCUAAGCAAGAGAGCUCAACAUUUUUCAGAUCAUUUAAAAUAACUCCAAGGUGGCAGAAUGCCCAUGCCUAUGUAAAUGCUGCUUUCAAAUUUGAUGUUGAUGGAAAAACUAUAAAAUCCAAUCCAUCUAUCGUGUUUGGUGGCAUCAGCAAGGAUAUGAUUCAUGCAACAAAAACUGAAACAUUUAUCCAAGGAAAGGAACUAAAUGAUUCUGUUCUAAAAGAAGCACUAAAAAUUCUAGAAGCUGAGCUAAAUCCAGCUACUGAUUAUCCACUAGUUGCAUCAGCAAAAUACAGAAAAGAUUUGGCCAUAAAUUUACUCUAUAAGACUCUGCUAGAACUCUAUAAACCAAAUGAUUUAAAACUUCAAAGUGGUGCUGAGAGUAUAGAGCGAAGUUUGUCUUCUGGUUUACAGACUUUCCAGGAGAAGAGUUCAGAGUUUCCUUUGAAACAAGCCAUUCCUAAGUUGGAGGCACCGUUACAGGCAUCUGGAGAAACUUUCUACACAAAUGACAUUGAAGCCUUCAAGCGUGAACUUCAUGGUGCAUUCGUUACUUCAACAAUAGCUUCUGGAAACAUUGAAGAAGUAGAUCUGACCGAAGCUUUGGCCACUCCUGGAGUAGUGCGGUACAUUAGCGUGGCUGACAUCCCAAAGGGAGGAGUCAAUGAUUUCAUGUCUUGCUCUGUGUUACCAAUGUGUCCUGAGGAGGUGUUUGCAUCCAAAGAAAUCUCCUAUGCUGGUCAAGCAAUCGGUCUUAUUCUGGCAGAAACCCCAUCUAUAGCUACUGAAGCUGCUAAAAAGGUCAAGGUCAGCUAUUCCAAUGUUCAAGAUGCAGUUCUUGACAUUCAAGACGCUAUAGCUAAGUCAAUGUUUUACCCUGAAAGAAAAGAAGAGACGAUUAUCGGUAAUCCAGAAGAUGCUCUGAAAGAAUCUGAUGUAGUUGUCAGUGGUGAGAUCAAAGAAGGAACUCAAUAUUACUUCUACCUGGAAAAUCAGGUAUCAAUAGCUGUUCCUACUGAAGAUGGCAUUGACCUUUAUCCAUCUACGCAAUGGCCAGACAUGAAUCAAAAAGCUUCAGCAGCCAUCAUUGGGAAACCUUUUAAUUAUAUCAAUGUGAUCAACAACAGGAUUGGUGGAGGCUUUGGUGGCAAAGUAAUGUAUUCUUCACUUGUGUCUGCUGCUGCUACACUAGCCAGCUAUGUAACAAGGAGGCCAGUCCGAGUCAACGUUGACCUGUCAACCAACAUGAAGUUGAUUGGAAAGCGUUUCCCUAUUUAUGUGAAAUACAAGGCUGGCUUCAGUAAAGAUGGUAAAUUAAAAGUCAUUGACUUAGACAUGUAUAUAGACAGUGGAUUUAAACCUUCACUUCUUGUGAAUGAGUUUGUGCACUCAGUGGAUGAAGGCUAUUUCUCUCCUAACUGGAAGAUAGUUCACCAACUGGUCAAGACUAACAAGCCAACAGCCAUGCCUUGCAGAGCACCAGGUUCAGUGCCUGCUUCACUUGUAAUCGAGUCAAUCCUAGAACAUGCUGCUAAAGAAAUCAACAUGCAUCCAAUACUUUUUAAAGAGGUUAACUUGUAUGAGAAAGGGCAGGUUGACAUUCUUGGGCGGUCGCUGAUACAUUGUACCGUUCGAGACUUGUGGUACAGACUAAAACAAGUUGCGGAGGUCACUGAGCGCAUGCGACAAGUAGGCACCUUUAACCAAAAUAACCUGUGGCGUAAACGUGGGAUCACAAUGUGUGCUGUCAAGUAUCAUAUCAACUAUUUCCCUCCUGGGCACACAGUCAAUGUCUCCAUAUUUUCAGAGGAUGGCACUGUCAAUGUCAUGACCUCUGGGACAGAGAUGGGUCAAGGACUUCACACCAAGAUGAUCCAAGCUGUGGCAAAGACAUUGAAUAUUCCACUUCACUUCAUCAAAGUCCGACCAAGUCAAAACAAUGUGAUACCGAACCCAACUUUUACUGGAGGAAGCUCUGGCAGUGAGUUGUGUGUCAAGGCUGCCAUAAAUGCAUGCAAUGAAAUCAAUCAAAGAAUGCAACCAAUAAGAGACAAAAUGCCUGAUGCUGAUUGGCCAGCUCUGCUGAAAGCUUGUUUUUUCAACAGCAUUGACCUGUCUGCCCGAGCAAAGUCUGACAAAGCAGACGACAUGUACAGAUAUCACACUUACUGUGCUGGGGUAGUGGAGACAGAAGUAGAUGUUCUGACUGGCGAGUAUCAAGUCAGGAGAGUGGAUAUUAUGGCUGACUUUGGGGAAUGCAUCAAUCCCAUAAUUGAUAUUGGUCAGGUUGAGGGAGCCUUUGUAAUGGGCCUUGGAGCUUAUCUGACUGAAGAUUUUCACUAUGAUAAGAAGAGUGGACUUGUUCUCAAUGAUGGCACUUGGGAAUAUAAACCUCCAACAACUAAAGAUAUUCCAAUUGACUGGAGGAUUCACUUUAUGCCAGACACGCCUAACCCUGUGGGAAUUCUUAGCUCUAAAGCCGUGGGCGAGCCCCCUAUCAGUCUGUCUGUUGGUGCCUUGUUGACCAUCAAGAGUUGUGUGGAGUCUGUUCGAGAAGAGCUGACUGGAGAAAGGCUGUUCCUACCAGUUGAGGCUCCUUAUACUGUUGAGAAAGUUCAACUGGACACUGGCAUCACUCUUGAUCAUCUCAGAGUUUAGUUUGCGCUGUCCACUUGGAUACUGAACUGUUGACAAUCCAUAAUGUUUACACUGCCUCUAACUUUUUGAUCAAUCUGAUUCGAUUGUUUGUUAUUGUUUUAUAUAUAUAUAUAUAUCUUCAACAUUUACAGAUGUAUCAAUGUAUUUUUCUUUUACAUUAUCUGUGAGAUCUGAUAUAUUUUUUUCUACAAUUCCUACACCCCCCGACACCCAUUCUAUUUUAUUUAUGUGCAUAUUUGAAGAAGAAAACUGCAGAUAAAACUUUGUGAAUUAAUAUUAUUAUAUCUUGCUGGUCUCUGUGUCAGGUAAGACACAUUACCUAGGUCACAUCUAAGCCAGCCUUAAACAUUGGGGCUUAAAAAAUGGUUUGUCUGCUUUUUAAAAUAAUUUCAGUCUAUACCCAUGUUCUUCUGCUUUGAAAGAUAAAUUCUUUUACAUAGCAUGACUUACAAGAUGAAACAUUUUUACAUUUUUUCUUUGAGUUUUCAAAACAUUUGUGUUUCUAAUAUUGUUGUAUUUAUUCUUUGUACUUAUAUUGCUAACAGAACAACAAAAUUAAAUUUUUGAAAAGUUUUAUAAUCUCUGAGGUUGAUUUUAUUAUCCGUUCUAGCCUGGUAUUGGGCUAUUUGAGCUUCUACACUGUGACCUUUGAACUAAGGCCCCACAUUGCCCAUUCCCUCUACAACAUACUAGUAUUGCUUCUAUGUUAUAUUUAAGUUCUCUCUGUAGAUCACAUAGUAGUAUUGCUUCUAUGUUUAAGUUCUCUCUACAUCACAUAGUUUUAACAGAAGAGCUGAUGUUUUAAAAAUGCCACCAUAGUAGCUGUGGAAAAUGACUGGUAAAGCGCUUGGCUUCUGAAUUAGGGGUUCUGGGUUCGAAUCCUAGUGUAGACUAGGAUUUUUAAUCACGGGAUCUUUAGAGCACCUCUUAAAUCCACCCAGCUCUAAUGGGGGUACAUGGCAUUAGUUGGAGAAAAGGAAAGAUUGUUUGUCGUUGUGCUGGCCAUACAACACCCUCGAUAAGUUAGCCACCUAAACAGAUGACCUUUACAUCAUCUGCCCUAUAAAUUGCAAGGUCUGAAAGGGGAACUUUACUUUAUUACUACUUUUCUAGUAGCUGUAUAUUGAUAGUUAAUAUUUUUUUCAUUCUGUAAUUAGAAAAUGUUGAUUAUCUGUGUAUAUUUUAUAGAUUGUAUUAAAGAUUUAUCCUCUAGCUCUUUAAAACGGUGCCUGUCAGUUUUUCUGAUUCAACAGGCUUCAAACUCUAUACAAUUUUUAUUAAAAUAAUGGCUGCUUGUUGUAAACAGGAUGUACUUGUAUGUCAUGUCAUUUGCAAAUAUUUUUGUUCUUUAGAGCACCAUUACUAGAUCUAAUGAGUAUUUAGUGUUAGAACUAGUUUUUAGCUUAUGAUAACACUGACCUGUAAAAUUCUGUAAACAUUGUUACAAUGUGUAACAUAUUUUACUACAUAAACUUGAUUUACUUUCUAAACAACUAAAUGUUACAGCUAUACUUUUUCAAAAUAAAUAUAAUUGGAUUUCAAUUCA